GAAACAUUUACUUACUUGCAAUUUUUCGAUAUUAUACUAAUUUUAGAUUAAAUUUUUAUAAUUAGCACUUAGCAGCCUAUUGUCAUCAGUAUGGGGGACAAGAAAUGCACUUUCGGCGUCCGCAUGGCCAUCGACAUAUCCAUGUUGAACGAAAUCAUAUACAGGGAGGUGAAACACUUCAGAAACUAUAAGAUUUACCGACCUAAUUUUGGAGCAAUUCCUGUAGCGGGAAAAAUAGCGGCAGCUCACGACCAGCUCAAGACGGAGUCGCAACAGGAAGCGGACAAGGUGGAGGAGUACUUCCACAACGUCGCACAGACCCGGGCAGAGGGACCCAAGACCAAGUUCCCAGAACCCGCUACCGAGAACCAAAUCUACGGCUGGUACGAAAAGCCGCUAAUGGCGUUGGACCGCGGCGACCGGAGACUCUACAAGCCGCGGCGAGAGAGCAAAGACACCAAGAUUGACAUCGUCAUCCUCGUGUCCAACCCUCGCCGUAGACACUGACACUCUCAAACUUAGCACUUAGGCUUGUUGGUCUUAAUCAAACAUUCAACACUAAAUCGGUAGACAAGGAAAACGUUA